UCCGUGUAUCUCCUGGCGGCGCUCCUGGCGGCGACGGGGUUCGAGCUCGCGACGGCGGACUACCACCACGGCGAUCUCGUGCCCACCGCGAGGCGCGCGCAGUUCCACGGGCAACGGACGCACUGGCACGACCUCACGGCGCGGCACUGCCCGAAGUUCGGCGAGGACCACGCGGUGGCGGUGCCCAUCCCAAAGCCCACGUCGUGGAGGGAGGACGACGAGUACAAGAUCUCGCUGUCCUUCGAAGGGGACAGGCACCUCACCGGGUGGCUCCUGCGCGGGGACGAGGACCCGGGCGUCGUGCCCAUGUUGGACAUCGAGAUCACGCACGGCCGCGGGGAGAUCAGGGCGGUCAAGGCGGACACCGUCGCGGUGGGGCGCAAGUACCUCAAGACGCACCGAUCGCUCGUGGAGGAAUUCCACAACCACACCGUGUGGCCGAAGCACCUGUUGGUCAGGUACAGGUGGACAGAGAAGACAGACGUGGACGCCAAGUUUAGCAGUACCGUGCUGCUCGGC